UUUGGCCAGUAGGGGAGAGCAUAGAUGCAGUCGAGAAAGGGCAGAGGAGGAGGACGGAUCUGGGCAGAGUCUAGUUUUGAAAGAGUGGGCGCCCAGCUUGCGACGCGGAUGCAGAGCCAGGCCUGGGCUCGUCGAGUGACAGACGGCGCGAGCUGCGCGCUCAGGAAUCUGGAGCAAAAGCAAGAAAUGUGAAAUGCAGUGCCGGCCCGGAGCUCGUUUGGUUGUGGAGAUUGACCGCGUGUCAAACCGCGCAUUCGUCCUCGCUGCGGGGGACGACCGCUUUGAAAAGGUUUGCGCUGCUGAAGGAAGCGCGGGGGAAUUAUGGAGCGAGAAGCGUCUCCUGAUUGGCUUCGUGACUUUAAGAGUCCCACAGAGGAUGCAUUUAUGAUAUUAUCCUCAUCUCCUUCAACUUCGUCGAGAGAUGUACCCAGACAAAUUCCUGACAGCAAGGAUCUAGCGGAAGUAAAGGAGUUAGAAGAUGACAUCGAGGAAAAUAGUUCCAUUGCGUCUCUUCUUGGUGCCGGCAAGGCGCUAAAGGGCGUUGGUUCACAAGGAAGCCCUCCAAAAAAGAGGGGAAGACCUCCAGGGAAGGGUCAAAAGAAACAAGGCAAAGUCGUCUCUGCAGCAGUUGAAGGAGAAGUGAAUCCCGAAGAUGAUGAUCACGAAGGAGAGAAGAAGGUUAUCUCCUCAAGGCGUCCAAGAGGCCGUAAGAGGCAGUUGGACAGUGAUGAUGAUGAUGAUGAAGAAUUUAAGCCACUUACAAAAAGCAAGAAAACAACCCCUACUCCUAAGGCGAAAAGAGAUGGUCCCAAAACACCAAAGUCCUCUGGAAAAAACAAGAGAAUUUCUAUGUCUGAAGAUGAAGAGAUUGGAGCUUUGAAGAGAGUGAGGAGAUCAAUCGAUCUAGAUCCAGUGGAUGAUGCUCCAGAUGAAGAUGAUGACGAGGAUGAAUCAGCACCGAUUUCGUCUCUUUCCUCUUUCUCAAUGGCAGUCACACCACCAGCACUUGACCCCUCCAGCUCAGAGUCAGCGACUAUUGCGCUAUCCAAGUUGAAAAGACUACGUGCAGAUGCUUUGGUAGCGCUUGUGAAGGAUGAUGUUAUAGAGGAACUUGGUCAAUCUCAAAAAGAAGAUCUUAUUGCAGAGGAUGAAACAGGAGAGCCACCCGAACGGAAAACAAAAAGAUCAUUGUCAACCCUCCCAGUGAUGUUCGCCGACAAGAUUCACAGAACGAAGGUGCUACUCGAGUGUGAGGGCGAUGCCUUGGAUCUGAGUGGCGAUAUGGGUGCUGUGGGACGUUUUGUUGUAUCUUCCGGGAGAGAUAAUGACGAGGAUCAGAUGUGUCUGGAUCUGAAAGGUGUUGUUUACAAGACCACGAUAGUUCCAUCUAACACAUUCUUUGUGGUGAAUGUCGGACAAACAGAGGCAAAGGUAGAAGCAAUCAUGAAUGACUUUAUGCAGCUCCAGCCUGACGUGAACCAAGCCGGAGAUGAGACAGUUGUCGAAGGAACACUAGAAGGUUUUGCAUUCGACUUGGACAACGAAGGAGACGGUGGUGCCGUCCCCAAUAGUACACCCGCACCUGCUGAGGAUGAUAACGAUGAUUCUGAUGAGAAACCCAAGAAAAAGCUUAAGAAGCCGGCGGUCGUGAAAGGUGGGAAAGGGAAGCCCAAGACUACCGGCAAGGGAGCCGCGAAAAAACCGAGGGCGAAGACAAAGACAGCUGCAAAGAAGCCUGCAAAAGCCAAAGCCGCGAGAAAGCCCAAGGCUGCGAAGGGUUGAAAUACCGCAUAGUAUCUUCUUCUCAUCGAUUAUUGAUGAGAAGAUUAUUGAUGAUAUAAUAUCGAGUUGGGUGUAAAUAAAACGGCAGAAAUAAAGUGUGCAGAUAAUUUUUCCAUUCUUUUGAGAUGUACACUUAGCGUGAAAUGUUCUCCCUUACGGCUAAAAAUUUCCCUUCACAAAAGGCUGAAUUCAAAGGUGUCUAGAUAUCACCUUCCGAUUCAACUUUCUUUUUCUUAUAGGACUUGGCAGAGUCAAUUGAGUUAUCAACAGAGAAAAUUUAUUAUUGAUGGAAUGUGUCAACAACGAGGAGAUUGUUGAUUGUAUAUUGAAUUUUACAUUUCAGUAAAAUGAAAUGCCGGGUUAACGUCAGCUGAAACUCGAGACUGAAUCUUAGAUUCGCCCUUUCAUAUUUAGAAAUGUGACAAGUAAAUGGGAAGUGCUGACCUACUUGCGGAAAGUCUUCACUGCACUCUUCUUCAGAUCCCUCGGAGAGUUGUCUUAAUCUGGACUGUGGUAACUCAAGCUUUGUGCCUCACUUCAAAUUGUCACCAAAAGCUUCAUCUUUAACGAGUGUGGUAAAUUCUCUACCAACUGCUGGGACGCCUGUUCAUAGUACUAACCAAAUUAACGAAGAGACACCAUGAUGUUCCAAGCAUCGUAAAUGACUUGAGUUCUGAUGAACCAAAAGUAAGAAAUUAACCUUGACAGAAUGAUACUUCGCGCCGCAAUUUACAUUUUAAAUGGAGAAUUCACAAGGCUGAAAAGCAGGAACAUGCUUUCCUUGUUGAUGGAGCUUACGUCAUUGGAUCUCACUUGUCAACAAAACUGGUCUUCACUCCACCUGCAAUACCGGCCAGUCACAACAUUCAGUGCUCCCUGUUCUGCCUGAUCUGAGUCAUGCCCAUAGCAAUGAUCAGUGAGCAAAACUUGAGAGCCGGUUGUGUAGACUCUUACCCUCCACCGUUUCCGUGACGACCUCGCGAACAUGCUCAGAGUCCAGAUAAUAUUCAAA